AUGAAAGAUAUGAGAGCUCUUUGUAGAAGGGACUGCCCCGCCGCCAAGGCCGGGGGAAGCGGUGGCGCCGGCGUCACUCUGGAUGAGGCCAGGAAAGCUGAAGUUGAUGGUAGUUUAAGUGAUAGCCACGUAUCUCCUCCAGCCAAACGCACUUUGAAACAACCUGAUUCUGUUUGCAAAGACAAAUCAAAAUCACGAAGUACUGGUCAGCGAGAGGAAUGGAAUUUAUCAACUGGACAGGCCAGGUUAACUUCUCAGCCUGGUGCUGCAUUACCAAACGGACAUAGUAGUUUAUCCCUUCGAAGCCAUCCCCUUCGAGGGGAAAAGAAGGGAGAUGGGGACCUUUCUUGUAUAAAUGGUGACAUGGAAGUCAGAAAAAGUUGUCGUUCCAGGAAAAACAGAUUUGAAAGUGUGAACCAGAGUUUGUUAUUUGAUCAACUAGUAAAUAGCACUGCUGAAGCUGUGCUACAGGAAAUGGACAACAUUAAUAUCCGACGGAAUCGUCGAUCAGGAGAAGUAGAACGACUUCGAAUGUGGACAGAUACAGAAUUUGAAAACAUGGAUAUGUAUUCAAGAGUGAAAAGGCGAAGAAAGUCACUAAGGAGAAAUAGUUAUGGGAUACAAAAUCAUCAUGAAGUUUCUACUGAGGGUGAAGAAGAAGAAUCUCAAGAGGAGGAUGGAGAUAUAGAAGUUGAAGAGGCAGAAGGAGAAGAAAAUGAUAGACCAUAUAAUUUGAGACAGAGAAAAACAGUGGAUCGAUACCAAGCACCUCCAAUAGUACCAGCUCAUCAAAAAAAGAGGGAAAACACGCUGUUUGAUAUUCAUAGAUCUCCAGCAAGAAGAAGCCAUAUUAGGAGAAAGAAGCAUGCCAUUCAUAGUAGUGACACAACUUCUUCUGAUGAGGAACGCUUUGAAAGAAGGAAAUCAAAGAGCAUGGCAAGAGCAAGAAAUAGGUGUUUGCCUAUGAACUUCAGAGCAGAGGACUUAGCUAGCGGUAUUCUCCGAGAACGAGUGAAAGUGGGUGCAAGCUUGGCUGAUGUUGAUCCAAUGAACAUUGAUAAAUCAGUACGGUUUGAUAGCAUAGGUGGAUUGAGCCAUCAUAUUCAUGCACUAAAGGAAAUGGUAGUAUUCCCACUUUUAUAUCCAGAAAUUUUUGAAAAGUUUAAAAUUCAGCCUCCAAGGGGCUGUUUGUUUUAUGGCCCUCCUGGCACAGGUAAAACCUUGGUUGCCAGAGCAUUAGCUAAUGAAUGCAGCCAAGGAGACAAAAAAGUGGCUUUUUUUAUGCGAAAAGGAGCAGAUUGUUUGAGCAAGUGGGUUGGUGAAUCUGAAAGGCAACUUAGGCUUCUUUUUGAUCAGAUUUUGGAGACACAGCUAGAGCACUCUAUAGUAUCAACCCUCCUUGCUCUUAUGGAUGGAUUAGAUAAUAGGGGUGAAAUUGUUGUUAUUGGUGCUACAAACAGACUUGACUCUAUAGAUCCUGCACUCAGGAGACCUGGUCGUUUUGACAGAGAAUUCCUCUUCAACCUGCCUGAUCAAAAGGCAAGAAAACACAUCUUACAGAUCCAUACCAGGGACUGGAAUCCAAAAUUGUCAGAUGCAUUUUUAGGUGAAUUGGCUGAAAAAUGUGUUGGCUACUGUGGAGCUGAUAUCAAGGCCCUGUGCACUGAAGCCGCCCUGAUUGCGCUGCGGAGGCGUUAUCCCCAGAUCUAUGCUAGCAGUCAUAAACUGCAGCUGGAUGUUUCCUCAAUAGUGCUUAGUGCUCAAGACUUUUACCAUGCAAUGCAGAAUAUUGUGCCUGCUUCGCAACGUGCUGUGAUGUCUUCAGGGCAUGCACUAUCCCCCAUCAUAAGGCCACUGCUGGAAAGAAGCUUCAACAACAUCCUAGCGGUCUUGCAAAAAGUGUUUCCUCAUGCUGAAAUUAGCCAGAGUGACAAAAAAGAAGAUAUAGAAACUUUAAUUUUAGAGGAUAGUGAAGAUGAAAAUGCUUUAUCAAUUUUUGAGACCCAUUGUCACUCAGGAUCACCAAAGAAACAGUCAUCAGCUGCUGCUAUACAUAAACCCUACCUUCAUUUUACAAUGUCACCGUAUCAUCAGCCAACCUCAUACAGGCCACGCUUACUGCUAUCUGGAGAACGGGGCUCAGGUCAAACUUCUCACCUUGCUCCAGCACUUUUGCACACUCUAGAAAGAUUCUCUGUGCAUAGACUAGAUCUCCCAGCACUUUAUUCAGUUAGUGCCAAAACACCUGAGGAAUCAUGUGCACAGAUUUUUCGUGAAGCUCGAAGAACAGUACCUAGUAUUGUUUACAUGCCUCACAUUGGAGAUUGGUGGGAAGCUGUCAGUGAAACUGUGAGAGCAACUUUUCUGACAUUGCUACAAGAUAUACCAUCAUUUUCACCUAUAUUUUUAUUGUCUACCUCUGAAACCAUGUACAGUGAACUGCCUGAAGAGGUUAAAUGUAUCUUUAGAAUACAGUAUGAAGAGGUCUUGUAUAUUCAAAGGCCUAUUGAAGAAGACAGAAGAAAAUUUUUUCAAGAAUUGAUUCUCAAUCAGGCAUCAAUGGCUCCACCACGAAGGAAACAUGCUGCUCUUUGUGCUAUGGAAGUGCUUCCUCUUGCACUACCUUCUCCACCUCGUCAAUUGUCAGAAUCAGAAAAAAAUCGAAUGGAGGACCAGGAGGAAAAUACUUUAAGAGAAUUGCGGUUGUUUCUCAGGGAUGUAACCAAGAGGCUGGCCACAGAUAAACGCUUUAACAUCUUCAGCAAACCGGUGGAUAUUGAAGAGGUUUCAGAUUAUCUUGAAGUAAUCAAGGAACCAAUGGACUUAUCAACAGUAAUAACUAAAAUUGAUAAACAUAAUUACCUAACUGCAAAGGAUUUCCUGAAAGAUAUUGACCUCAUCUGUAGCAAUGCUUUAGAGUAUAAUCCAGACAAGGACCCAGGAGAUAAAAUAAUUAGGCACAGGGCUUGUACCCUGAAGGACACUGCACAUGCUAUCAUUGCGGCUGAAUUAGAUCCAGAAUUUAAUAAACUUUGUGAGGAAAUUAAGGAAGCAAGAAUAAAAAGAGGCUUAUCAAUAACAUCAGAACAAAUAAAUCCUCAUAGUACUGGAGCUCGGAAGACAGAAACUAGAGUUGAAGAGGCAUUUCGGCACAAACAAAGAAAUCCAAUGGAUGUCUGGCACAACUCUGCAAAUAAAUGUGCAUUUCGGGUUCGGAGAAAAUCAAGGCGGCGAUCACAGUGGGGUAAAGGAAUUAUUAAGAAAAGGAAAGUUAAUAAUUUAAAAAAAGAUGAAGAAGACACCAAAUUUGCAGACUAUGAGAACCAUACGGAGGACAGGAAAUUAUUAGAGAAUGGAGAGUUUGAGGUAAGCACUGACUGCCAUGAGGAAAAUGGAGAAGAGACUGGAGACUUAUCUAUGACCAAUGACGAAUCAUCCUGUGACAUCAUGGACAUGGACCAGGGGCAGAGGCUUAACAAUGGAGCAGGCACAAAAGAGAACUUUGCCUCUACUGAGGAGGAAAGUUCAAAUGAAUCUCUACUCGUCAACAGCAGCAGUUCCUUAAACCCGGAGCAGACCUCCAGGAAAGAGACUUUCCUUAAAGGAAAUUGUCUAAAUGGUGAGGCUUCCACUGACAGUUUUGAAGGAAUACCAGUUCUGGAAUGUCAGAAUGGCAAGCUUGAAGUAGUUUCUUUCUGUGAUAGUGGAGAUAAAUGUAGUUCUGAACAAAAGAUUCUUCUGGAGGACCAGUCAAAGGAAAAACCAGAAACUUCGAUUGAAAAUCAUGGAGAUGAUCCUGAGAAACUAGAGGCACUGGAAUGUAGCAAUAAUGAGAAGUUAGAACCUGGCCCUGAUGUGGAGGUUAAAGAUGCAGAACUGGAUAAAGAAGGUGCUUCUAAAGUAAAGAAAUACCGUAAAUUAAUUUUAGAGCAGGCAAAAACGACAAGUCUGGAACUGGUUCCAGAAGAGCCAUCUGAGCCUGUGCCUCCUCUUAUAGUUGAUCGUGAGAGAUUGAAGAAAUUGCUUGAUUUGUUGGUGGAUAAAAGCAACAAUCUGGCAGUUGAUCAGCUUGAGAGACUAUAUUCUCUUCUUAGUCAGUGCAUCUACCGUCAUCGUAAAGAUUAUGACAAAUCACAACUUGUAGAGGAGAUGGAAAGAACAGUUCAUAUGUUUGAGACAUUCCUAUGAACUUUUCAAGAUGAGUGGUUUAUCCUCUCCAAUCUGCUCCUGACAGAGCAGUCUUCUGAGCCAUUCAAUUUCAAAUUGCACCAAUUACGUGCAGAGCCUUGGUGUAAAGUGCUCUCUCACUCAUUCUUUUUCUCUGUUGAAUUUGGUGCUAUUGUCUCAGGUACCUGAAACCAACCAGCCUACAAGAACCAAACAGAACUUCAGAAACAUGUUGUAUUUUCCACAAAUAAAAAAUACAACCCCACAGCUUGGAGAUUUUGGUGCUACAGAAACUGCUCUCGCUUCUGCUCCUCUUUUUGUGCACUCUCUUUUGGAGACUCCUCUCUUAGGGAGCAGACCAGCAAACAGGAGGAAACUGGAUGGGGCAGUUCUAACUGUGUUGAAUUGUUUAAACAGUGGGCAACUUUUUUUUUCCCCUCCAUUUUAUCCCUUUAAUCAUAUUUUUCCCCCAUCUGGGUAAUGGACUGAAACCUGUUUUAGAGUUGGCUAUGGUCUAUUCUGGUGGGAAGCUGAAGAAACUGGAUGAAAUUAGGUCAGGCUCUUUAGAACUGCCUUUAACGUGCCUUUUUAUUCAUUUGAGGAAGAUAAGGCUAAAAGGAUGGGCUGUUUGAAGCAAAUAAAUUAGAAAUCUUUCUUUGGUCACCACCUUGAAAAUAAGUUUUGAUACUGUAUGUCAUUAAGAGACAACCAGUGUUUAGGUAUGAAAUGCCUGUCUUAUUCUCAAAGCUCAAUCAAGACACCCAGUAAGCCACAUAAUAUACUAAAAUGGUAAGUUUUCUUGUAAGAUCUGUUUUGGUUUAAGAAACAUGUAAUAACAACAAUGAAUAAUACACAGGCCACACACAAAAAAACAAAAAACAAAACUCCACACAUUUUGGUAUUGCUGACAAUGAUGAGUAGAAAAUAAAUAGAUAGUGGCCAUUCUUUCUUCUGUCAGUGGCAAUUUAAUAGUUACUCAUGUUUGAGUUCCCAGAGAAAAAUGGUUUUCAUAUGUAGUAAAUUGAUAUUUUUGUUUUAAAGCCAGGACUUGCCAAAUGGACAGAAAAGAGAGGAAUUCGUCAGAAGCUCCAUAAAAUUCAUUUUCUGUAUGCUUAAUUGCAAGUGAGCUCUGGUAUGGUCCUUGAAUAACAGUAUUAAUGGUUAAAUCCCAUCUCCUAAGCUUACCUUCACAACUCUUCAUUUUGAUUGGAAACGAUUUUGAAUCUUGUUGAGUGAUUUCUGUGAAUUGUACGUAUCCGAAAUUAAUUAUGGGUUACUAGUUUUACAAAAAACUUUCUACAGAUUUGGAGACACAGUCUAGGCAGUUGCAAAGAGGCAAAGGGUGCAGUGACUUUUUUUAUCAGAUGAUUUUUAAACAAAAAGAUAGAAAAUUUUGCCGACAAGUUGGCUUGAUAGCUUCAUUCAUUGUAGCCGUUAGCUGCAGGUGUGUCUUUCCAAUAUAUGCAACACAUGUAGUUUGGGUUUUAAUUAGGGCAAAUGGUCUUGGACUACUGCAGAGAUUCUGAGCUACCUCAGCUUUUUGUAUUUUAGUUACCAACAGUGUUUACAGAGUCCUGUAAUCACUUUGCCACCGUUUACAUCCUGAAGCUAAGGUACUUGUCUCCUUGUCUCUGGCUCUUUGUAGUGUGCAGAAAGCAUACUUUGGCCGUAGCCUACUGCAGUAAUCCAAAGUGCUUCUUUGCAUUUACAUUUACAUCUAAUGCCUUCUAAUUCUAGCUUAAUUUUUUUUUAAAUGCCACGUGUUUUCUUUGUACCUAGUCUGUGAAGUUUCUGUAAUAUCCAGUUAGUCAUGUAAGUCAAGAUGCUACCCAUGUAGACACACUGUAUUUUUAAGGUGGGCAAGUGCGAUUAACGAUGAACAAUUUUAAAGGGGAGGUUAUUUGAAACCUCUAAUUUGAUUAUUGGGAGGAUUUUCAUGCUUUCUUUAGUAUUUAUUACCAUCAUACCGAUUCAGACUAUUUUAUUGUCUAAUACAUUAGCAUUUUGUAUUUUGAUGGAAAUUGUUACAGAAUUUAAAGAUUUGAUGAAAUAAGAUGUAGCAGAUUUUUUGUAGCAAGUUUCUGGUAAAAGGGUUUUUUGCAAGUCUCAGGUUCUUGCUGCACUAUUUUUUUUUAAAUAUUUAUUCCAGUUAUUCUAAUUCAGAAGCAUUCUUUUCAAGUAACAGCAGCACUUGUGAAAGGAAAAAAAACGCACACGUUUCUUAUUAGGUUACUAAAUUUGUACAAUUAAUUAAGAUUUUAGCCAUCAGUGAGUUUGACAAGGGAAAUGUAUUUAUUUUCAGCAUUAAAAUGCUUCCAAAAGAUCAAGUUGCUUUUGUUUGUUUUUUUAACUGUAAUGUAGUUGGAGAAAUCGGAGGCAACCUCAGUAUAGGAACUGCCACUUUGAACAGUUUAGUUCUUAAAGAAAAAGUCAGUCUAAUGCCAAGGGGAGAACAAUAAGCUGAAAUUGUACCAACUCCUCUGGCCCUCUUUCCCUCAAUCAAAAAAACACACUUACCAGUUUUGCUUAUUUUACAGAUAUCUGGUGGUUCUAUAGUUUAAAGCAGCUUGUGAAAUUAUCUAAGUGGACUCAAUUUUGUUUACCUUUCUGUAAGUUCUUCAUUUUUGCUGUAUAGCAUUGGCAAAAAUAUGUACAAAUUGACCUCUGUUCUUAUUUCCUAUUGUGAGCAUUAUAAAUGAUAAGCUCCUAUGUAAAACCUUGCUCUCAGAUGAGUAAAAUAUGUAUCACAGCAUAGCUCAGCAAUAGUUCAUGCUCAGCUGUGGGGACCCUGGGAGCUUUUUGAAGAUGAUGGAACCGCACUAGGGUUGAAACUGAUGGCUGUGGAGUUAAUUGUGUUUUUGAGCUUGAAUCUCACCUGUGAUUUUUUUUUUUUAAUGUUGUUUCAUGACUUGAUUUUUCUCAUAAGCCAAUGUACUUGUAGGUUUACUGGAUUUUAUUUUUAGGGAGUGGGUAAUUUCUUCCCAUUUUUGAUUAAGUUGGUUCAGCUAUGGUGCUAUUCAGUAGGUAUCUUCAGUGUCAGGUCCCGUAGCUGAAUGCCAUUGUUAUUAUAAUUAUUAUUUGUAAUCACAUUGUAAGCUUGAAUUUGGGCUUGUACCUGCAUCUUUUGUAUUCUGUACAUCUGGUUACUUAGACUUUGGGAGUCCCAUUUGGUUUCAGUCAUGUAUGUCUACUUUGUAGUUUAAGUAGACUUCAUCAACUAUGGUCUAUUUUGGGUUUGUAGUUUUAAUUUAGAAUUGUGUUAAAUUGAUGUUUUGCAUUUGACUUCAUUUUACGUUAGUUGAAGUAAAUUAUUUAAUUUUUGAAUUCUGGAAUUUGAACAUUUACUGUAAUUUGUAAUAUAACUGCUGUGAAAUACUUGAAUAAAGAUGACAAGAAAAACA